CAACUACGUACAUACAUACGACCCGAGCCACCAUACAAUGUAGUACAUGCGUACAUCUAUCCAUACAGCCUGUCAAUAUACGUACCUCUACUUUUUCUCUCUAUCUACAUCCAUCACACUCUCGCAAAUUGGGAAUAUCUUACCUUUUACCUCUUUUCCAGAUCCACAAAUACUGCCGGGCUUCUAACCAGCAUACAAUAGCUUCUACAUCUUAGCCCCAACUUCCCCCCUUUCAAUCUUGGUCGGAGCAUCAAAUUGCGAGGCCACAUUCAAACCUCCUGUCUUUGUCAAACCCCCACCAUCGACAGAAAUAACGGCGGCGACAAGCAGCAGCUGGCCGACAAUCUCUAGACCUGCAAGGCUGACUCCCGCGACAAUUACGUCGAGAGGGACCCCAUGUCAGAUGUUCGGCAGCCAGCAGCUAGACCUCAACUACGAACCAAAGCUAGAAUCGAGAUCCCUUAGAAAACCCCUAAAGCGUGCACAAUUGCGAAAUCGAAGCAAUGCGACCAGAUGGACGUUGCGACUGAGAGUGCGCCGCGAAACACCCACAGUAAUAAAGCGGAUGAAAGCAUGGGCGCACGUACAAUUCCAAUCAUAACCGGACCUACACCAACGCCAACACCAACCAUAAAGAUGUCGGCACCUUCGCCAUCGGGUGAACCUAUGGAUAUCACCACACCUACCAAUUCCUCAGCCCCGCAGAGUGCUCGCAAGAGUUCCGACGGCGAAGGUAGCGAUUCUAACGAUCGCCAAAACGUGUCGCUCUCGGGAGAUCUGAAUUCGAACCCCGCCUCUACUACAAUGCCUGCGCCUGCUGCUGCGGCUGUUCACCAGCCAAAAAUAGUACAGACUGCCUUCAUUCACAAACUCUACAACAUGUUGGAAGAUCCGAAUAUACAACACUUGAUAAGUUGGUCGAGUACUGCCGAGAGCUUCGUGAUGUCGCCCUCGCAUGAUUUCUCAAAAGUCCUAGCUCAAUAUUUUAAACAUACGAACAUCUCCUCCUUUGUGAGACAGCUUAAUAUGUAUGGCUUUCAUAAAGUAAGCGAUGUAUUUCACACGGGGUCCCCAGAAACCGCGUUGUGGGAAUUUAAGCAUGGCAACGGGAACUUCAAAAGGGGUGAUUUAGUUGGGCUGCGUGAAAUUAAACGACGAGCAUCUCGUCACGCACUGGUCCACCGGGAAUAUAAUAACCAGAAACCCACCCCGUCGCAACCCGGCACUCCGGCGGAACCCAUGCCACCUAUCCACGACGGCUCAGAUCCCCGGCUUGCGGGGGUCGAGCACUCGCUGUACGAAUUAACUUCGAGGUUGCAGCGCAGCGAAGAAAACGCACAUUAUAUGAAUGUGAAACAACAGGCGAUGACGGAUGCCAUGAACCGCCUACUCCAGUUGAACCAAGAAUUAUCGAGAACGGUUCUGAGUUUGGUUCCACCCGAGAAUCCAGUCCAUAGAGACGUCCUUGCGCUGCAAGGGGAAAUUCAACGCCAAACUGAAUUUGUCCGCUCCAUCGACGAACCGCAUGAGCCGCCAUUCCCGAAUAGCCGUCAACUUUUCGCAAAUCUUGACAACCCCCCUGUGUCCCCUAGGCAACUGGCGCAGGACGAUCAACGGAGAUUAGGUGUGCAUCAAUCUCGCGGAGCCAAUUUCUAUCGACCGCCAGUUCCUUCCGGACUCUCGAUAACCUCAUCUUCACGUCGAUCGUAUGGGUCGAUUGGAGGGAGCACCACUCAAUCGUCGCCGUCCCCUCUUCGAUCUCAGGCACCACCGCCACCUGCCGCGCCUCAUCCACUUGCGACCGUCGAGCCACCACCAAGUGGCUUGUCUAGGCGGCAUACCUCGGCUGACAUCCGAGCUCACGGAUGGCAACCCAAUCCGCCGCCGUAUGUGUCGUCCGGCCCGCCUUCAGCUCACUGGCCAUCCUCCCCUAGCCGGGCAGUGCAAGAAGAGCAGCGAAUCCGUGACCCGCCACCUCACUAUUCGCUGUCGCGACCUGCGACUCCGCCGGCCCCUUUCUCAAACGGCAAUAUAGGAAACGGCUUGGAAAGCUUAAAUAAUUGGUCCUGGAAUUCGGCUGGUCGCGAUAAUAGAAAUCUUGCAAUCAAAGACAUGUCGGCCCCUCCGACGAGACGAGGAAGUAUGGCGCACAUCCUUAACCCUACCGACACGGUGGAGCGGGAUGAUGAGGAUGAUCCCCGGGGGGACGAUGACCGGAAACGCAAGCGGAUGCAAUGAUUUGUAUCAAAGGACUCCGAAUGUCCUGUAGUUCGUGUCAUGAAAGCGUUGUCGCACAUUAUACCAUAAGCGGUAGGCCAUUUGUUUUUGUAUAGAACGAUUGAUGCGGAAUACACGAGUCUUUUAGGAGCUAGCAGACGACACGCUAUGGCUACGUUAUACGACAUUAUCUAUUACGCAUAUUACGAAUCUCUUUUGUGCUUGAUUCGCAAAUCGUUUCAUCAUCUUAUUGUUAUAUUUCCAUUUUCGAUAUUUCUGUACCUUCUUAUCAAAAUACCAAAAGCAUUGGCUAUUUGAAUAUUACUAGGGAUGGCCUUAGUCGUGGCGGCAGCAGUGGGUGUGAAGCCAGACACUUUAUUCCAUUCAUUUGGGGAGUUUCGAACUCGAGGACGUCUGAAUCAGGCCGUCGCGAGUAUGUACAAUACGGAACAUAAGCUUGCUGCCGGUUCGGAGGGAGAGGGUAGGAACCAUUGGGGUAAAAUCAUUCAAUGCUCUACGCGCAUUUACGCUCGCGGAGUUCCUAAUCAUGUACUCUUACGGGGUGGUUAAUUUCGGAGCAAAUGCUUCAACGCACAAGUAGGGAUAGGGUCGCUAUGGCUCUUGAAUAAACUUAAUCUCUGUACA